CCUGCACACAUAUAACAAAUAGAGGGGAGGUUUUGCAGGAGCCUUUCACUAGAUUUUUCUUUCUCGGGUAGAGCUGGUGGAAUACAGCAUCUCCUAUUAUUAAGAAUGCUGGGCAAAGAAUAGCAUAGCUGUAGUCACACUGCUGUGUGGGAAAUGCAGGUGGUUACUCCUCACUGGCCUUGAACGCUGCUGUGGGACCGUUCCUGGGUGAGAGUCUAUCGCUGUAACAAUAAAAAAUGGCAUUUCAGAAGGCAGUGAAAGGAACUGCUCUCAUUGGAGGAGGUGCCAUAGCAACAGUUUUUGGCCUCUCUCAAUUUUCUCAGUAUAGAAACAAACACGGUGCCUUUGUGCACGUUCAGGCUGCAGAAGCUGUGACUGUGCCAAUAAAGCAUGAUUUCCCCACAAGAGAGGAGCAGGUUUUGGCCCUGAAAACCGCAGGUGAAUUCGAUGUCCUUGUCAUCGGCGGAGGAGCAACGGGAUGUGGCUGUGCUUUGGAUGCAGUCACCAGAGGACUAAAAACAGCCCUUCUAGAAAGAGAUGAUUUCUCAUCAGGGACCAGCAGCAGGAGUACUAAAUUGAUCCAUGGUGGAGUGAGGUACCUUCAGAAGGCCAUCAUGAAGCUGGAUUUUGAGCAGUACAAGAUGGUGAAAGAAGCGCUUGAGGAACGUGCAAACCUGCUGGAGAUUGCUCCUCACCUCUCAGCUCCACUGCCCAUAAUGCUGCCUGUUUACAAGUGGUGGCAGCUGCCCUACUACUGGUUUGGGAUAAAACUCUACGACAUGGUGGCCGGGAGUCAGUGCCUGAAGAGCAGCUACGUGCUGAGCAAGUCCCGGGCCCUGGAGCAUUUCCCCAUGCUGCGCAAGGACGAGCUCGUGGGGGCCAUCGUCUACUACGACGGACAGCACAACGACGCCCGCAUGAACCUGGCCAUCGCCCUCACCGCUGCCAGGUACGGCGCUGCCACCGCCAAUUACACCGAGGUGCUGCGCCUGCUCAAGAGGACAGACCCGGCCAGCGGGAAGGAGCGGGUCUGCGGGGUGCGCUGCAGGGACGUCCUGACAGGGCAGGAAUUUGAUGUCAAAGCCAAGUGUGUUAUCAACGCGACGGGCCCCUUCACAGACUCGGUGCGCAAAAUGGAUGAUGAGGAAGUUCCCAACAUCUGUCAGCCCAGCGCGGGCGUGCACAUCGUCAUGCCUGGCUACUACAGCCCCGAUAACAUGGGCCUGCUUGACCCCGCCACCAGCGACGGCAGAGUCAUCUUCUUCCUGCCCUGGGAGAAGAUGACCAUCGCAGGGACCACGGACAGCCCCACCGACGUCACCUCCCAUCCCAGCCCCACGGAGGAGGACAUCAACUUCAUCUUGAACGAAGUGCGCAACUACCUUAGCGUUGACGUUGAAGUGAGAAGAGGAGACGUGUUGGCAGCGUGGAGUGGCAUCCGUCCCCUGGUCACAGACCCCAACUCCAAGGACACCCAGUCGAUAUCCCGCAAUCACGUCGUCACCAUCAGCGAGAGUGGCCUGGUCACCAUAGCAGGUGGGAAGUGGACAACCUACCGUGCCAUGGCGAAGGACACCAUCGAUGCUGCCAUUGAGGCACACAACCUGAAGGCGGGGUCCAGUAAAACCAUUGGGCUGCAGCUCCAAGGGGCCGAGGAGUGGAGUCCCACCCUCUACAUCAGGCUGGUCCAAGACUAUGGAUUAGAAAGCGAGGUGGCUCAGCAUCUGGCUGCCACGUACGGAGACAAGGCCUUUGAGGUGGCCAAAAUAGCCCAAGUUACAGGGAAGAGAUGGCCCAUCGUCGGGAAACGCCUCGUAUCUGAAUUUCCUUACAUUGAAGCUGAGGUGGUCUAUGGCGUGAAGGAGUACGCCCGCACGGCCGUGGACAUGAUCUCCCGACGGACCCGCCUGGCCUUCCUCAACGUGCAGGCAGCCGAGGAGGCCCUGCCCCGCAUCGUGGACAUCAUGGCCAAAGAACUCAACUGGAGCGAGCAGAAAAAAAAGGAAGAAUUGGAAGCUGCUAAAAAAUUUCUCUAUUAUGAAAUGGGCUACAAAGUAAAAUCGGAUCAGUUAGCAGACAGCUCUGAAAUCAGCCUAAUGCCUUCGGAUAUUGAGAGGUACAAGAAGCGAUUCCACAUGUUUGACAAGGACAAGAAAGGGUUUAUUACUAUCCUGGACGUGCAGCGUGUCUUGGAGAGCAUCAGUGUGCAGAUCGCUGAAAACACACUCCAUGACAUCCUCAAUGAAGUGGACCUCAACAAAAACGGCCAGGUGGAGCUCAAUGAGUUUUUGCAGCUGAUGAGCGCCAUCCAGAAGGGGCACGUGUCGGGGAGCCGGCUGGCCGUGCUGAUGAAGACGGCGGAGGAGAACCUGCGCCAGAGGGGGGUGAUCUCUGUGGACCGCAGCGGCGGGGGGCUCUGAGCUCCAGCCCGGAGGAGAGCUCUGCUGGUGGCCACCCCAACGCCCGGCUGCCUCUGCUGACAAACAUUCCAGUGCUUCUGAGUGUCCUGGCUUGGUGACGGUGACAGUGUCUGUCCAGCGGUGUAACUCUUGCAAAAAACACUUUGGUGCGUUUUGUUUUUGUUAUUAACGUUUAUUCUGUGCAGCUCCUCCUGCUCCAGGACCUGGCCUUUGGGGUGGGGUGUUCUCGAGACACGGGGGUUCAGGAACACAGUCUGGAGAGAUGUGGGGGCACCCACUGCCUUCUUCGUUACCUUUUCUGUCUCCUUCACCUCCAGAGAAAACAGCUCAGAAAGCAAAUUCUGCCUUUAAAUGUGUUUCAAAUCUGCGUGUAGUGUUUCAGCGCGGCUCAGCAGAGAGCCAGAGAGGGAGGGCCCAUGUCCUGGCGUGGGGACAGUGUCACAGAAGGCACAAAGCCACCACUUCUCCAGGUGGUGACGCUGGGGAAGAGCUGGCUGGGCUUGCUCCUUGGGUCACUGUCACUGUGGUGCCACCGGGACGCGGCUGGGCAGAAGUAUCAGCAGUGUGAAGCUGGGGAGCUACGAGGCAUCUUCAUUAAUCACCCCCACUAAUGAUUUGGUGAAAAGCUCGGGGACAGCUUCCCUUUCUGCCAUGUUAAUAAAAACAAUUGUUCCUUCAAGAAGUAGCCUUGUCUGGCGGGUGGUGUUUGAUGCUGGGAAGUGCUUCCCACUGGUUCCAGUCUGGGACAAGCACUGGGGACAGGUAGAACGUGGCAGGUUUUGGUAGCACAAGUCUUAAUUGAUUUACAAGAUCCCCAACAUCCAGUGAAGCUAUGGGGCUGGGUUUGCCUGCCCCUGGCUCUUCUAGAAGAGCCAAAGGGCUAUUUUUCAGCAGAUUAUUUAUAGGAAAAAAAAAAAAAAGGGUGUUUUUCUUUUUUCCAAAAGGAGCUCUGAGCUGAGGUGCUGUGAUGGAUGUUGUACCUGGCUCUUCCCCUCCCUGCUCUCGGGGCGCCCGGGCUCGGGUGGGAGAUUCUGACCAGGGAAGGGAAAGCCCUAAGAGCAGGUUUAUUGAUGGGUUUGUUGUUCUCUUCGAUUCUUUGAGCAUAAAUACUAAUUUAGCCUCAGUCCAAGGUGCCAGAAUUCCUGCUGGUGUAAAACUGCUGGGUUUUAGCUGCUGGCCCCGCUGUCGCUGACGGAGGUACCGGGGCGGUAACAAACUGGGGGGGCUCCUCUGGGGUUGUAAAAGAGAAAUUACUACCUUCAGAAACAGAGGAGGGGGUGUGGAGCAUAGGAACUGCAGAGUUGUGUUUGGCUGGAGGGACAGAGUCCUUUAAUAAA